ACAUUUUUUUUUGUCUCCGCUUGCGUAUCGGAUUUUUAUGUUUGCCACCAUUUGCUUUGGUGGCAGACAAUUGCGUGGUGUUUUGAUGUUUUUCAUCAAUUUAUAGUGAUUUCAUGUCAAAUAAAACAAUCAGAACAUUGUUCUACACAGUAUUUUGUGUGAUUUCGUUUGCAGUAAUGGUGAAUUGUUGUAUAAUUGGUUGUAAAAGCCGUAGUGAACGAAAAGAACCAAACAUAACCUUUCAUCGAUUCCCGAAUGAACCAAGUUUAAGAAAUAAAUGGACGGAGUGUACGGGCCGAGUACAUUGGCAUCCAAGUCAACAUUCUCGAAUAUGUUCCAGACAUUUUGAAUCCAGAUGCUUUCAGGCUAAGAAAAAAGGCAUAUUUUUAAGGCAGUCUGCAAAACCUACACUUUUCAUUCAUGAUACUGUACCUCAACAUGAUCAACCAGGUUCAUCCAAAAAACCUUUGGAAAUAGAGAUACAAGCAUUUGAGUCUUUGCCCAUUGUUACGUCCGUGACGACUACAAUUUUACCACCUGAAGACAUUGCUAUGGAGAUAGAAAUAGAAAACACAAUGCCCGAUGCUGCAUCCAUGACAGAUGACGUGUCAGUUUUACCACCUGAAGUUGCUAUGGAAAUAGAAAUAGAAAAAAACAUGACUCCAAAGAUAACUCCUCGUAAGAAAAAAUUAAUUAAGAAAUUGGAAAAAACAACAGCUGUUGGAGAAAAAAGAAAGAAGAAAUUAGCAGCUUUGCGAUCCAAAACCUGGCGUUUGCAGAAGAAAACGGCUGAAAUGUGUACAGUCAUACAGGAAUUAAAAACGCGUUCAUUGAUUAAUCAAGAGAGUGCAGAUUUAUUGUCUUCAAUAGAUGUUGUAAAUAGAGAUUUCUUGAAAAAGUUCUUAUGUAAAGAUAGUACUGCCAGAAAGUAUACUCCAGAGCUGCGGAAAUUCGCUUUAACUCUCCAUUAUAUAAGUCCAAAAGCUUACAAUUUUGUUGGAACAGUUCAACACCUGUUUGCCCCAUACGCGUACAUUGUCGCGAUGGUACCAGUGCGUUGAUGGGGAUCCUGGUUUUUCAUCUGAGUCUAUUAAAGCGGUAAAAAUAUUACAUGAAAUAAAUAAAAAUAAAAACCCGUUACAUAAAACUUUAUGUGCCUUAAGCUUUGAUGAGAUGGCAAUUAGGAAAGGGGUUAAUUUUGAUGGAAAUAACUGCAUAGGUUUUGUAAAUUUCGGGAAUGGAGUUGUAAGCGAUAAUGACCAGCUAGCCAAAGAUGCACUAGUUUUCAUGCUUACAUGCAUGAACGGAUCAUGGAAGAUACCAUUAGGAUAUUUUUUGAUAAACGGUAUAAGUGCUGAACAGAAAGCAGGUUUAAUAAAAGUUUGCAUUGAGACAUUAAGUCAAGACUGUGGGGUUGAUAAGUAACU